CUCCUUGCUCACUUCUUAAUCUUUCUGUGGUACAAACAAACGAACUCUUCUCUUCUUCUCUCAGCUAAGCCAACUACUUUUGCAGUUGAACCAUACACCUCCGAAACUUCGAAACCUAUAUCUCUUCAACACAUCGAGUCAACCCAUCACUCCAUUCCCCAUGUUUUGACCUUUCUCUAAAGAAACAACCCCUAUAUUUUUCCCAUCACAGAUGAAAAAGCCCAAAAACGACAACGAAAACAGUGAACCCAGUCCAAACAUGACGAACCCUUUUGAUAUUUUCAUCGAAGAGAUCAUAUUCGCCAUUCUCGACCGCCUACUCGGCGACCCUUUUUCCAAAAGAUCGUUCUCCUCCGUCUGCAAGUCCUUCUACUUCAUCGAGUCUCGUCAUCGCAGAGCACUGAAGCCACUCCGCUCCGACCUCCUCCCAAGAACCUUUCACCGCUACCCUUCGAUUUCCCACCUCGACCUCUCGCUCUGCUCCCUCGUCGACGACAACAAUCUCAGCGCCGUUUCGGUGGCGUGGAAAUCCACCCUGCGCUCCAUCAAUCUUUCCCGGUCUAGAGCAUUUACCAGCGUUGGGUUGUUGGCUCUGGUCAAUAACUGUUCGGGAUUGGUCGAAAUCGAUUUGUCGAACGGGACUGAACUCACUGAUUCGGCCGCCAAGGUCAUAGCAGAAGCCCGGAACCUGGAGACUCUCCGGCUGGCGAGGUGUAAAUCGAUUACGGAUAUUGGGAUUGGGUGUAUAGCUGUUGGGUGUAAAAAGCUAAAGACCCUUUCUCUUAGAUGGUGCUUAAAGAUUACUGAUUUGGGGGUUGGUUUGAUAGCUAUGAAGUGCAAAGAAAUUCAGAGUUUGGAUCUCUCUUACUUACCGAUUACUGAAAAAUGCCUUUCACAUAUCCUGCAACUGCAACAUUUGGAGGAUUUGAUUCUUGAAGGCUGUCAUGGGAUUGAUGAUAAUGGUCUUUCAACACUCAACCAUACUUGCAAGUCAAUAAAGAUGAUUAAUAUGUCAAACUGUCAGAGUCUCAGUUACGUUGGUUUAUCUUCUCUUACUAAUGGCGCUAAUUCUUUAGAGCAGCUUAUCUUAGCAAAUGGCCCUUCUGUCACCGCUGAUCUAGCGAAAUGCCUCAGUCAAUUUUCCAGUUUGCGAUCAAUUAAACUAGAUGGUUGCUUGGUUACAUGUUCUGGGGUAAAUUCUAUAGCAAAGUGGAAUGCCUCUCUAGUUGAACUCAGCUUCAGUAAGUGCUCGGGACUUACUGAUGAGUGUCUCUGCUUCCUAGCAGAAAGACAUAAAGAGUUGAGAAAGCUAGACAUCACUUGCUGCCGAAAGAUAACUCGUGCCUCCAUUGAAGGCAUAACAAAUUCAUGUACUUCCCUUACCUCCCUAAGAAUGGAGUCUUGCAGCCAGGUUCCGAAAGAAGCCUUUGUUUUGAUUAAACAUUGCCAAAUGUUGGAGGAACUCGAUGUUACGGAUAAUGAGAUAGACAAUGAAGGUUUGAAGGCCAUCUCAAGAUGUUCUAAACUUCAGAGUCUAAAGCUUGGAAUCUGCUUAAACAUGACUGAUGAGGGACUGAUCCAUGUUGGGAGGGGUUGUUCAAAACUCAAAGAGCUUGAUCUUUACAGAUGCGCGGGAGUUACUGACAGGGGCAUUGAAGCAAUCGGCCAUGGCUGCCCUGCUCUAGAGAUGAUUAAUAUUGCUUAUAACAGCAAAAUCACAGACAAAUCCUUGAUAUCCUUUUCGAAAUGUUCAAGUCUGAAAGUGCUUGAGAUUAGAGGAUGUCCUCACAUCUCCUCAGUCGGUCUAUCAGCCAUUGCCAUGGAAUGCAGGCAACUGGUGGUGCUGGACAUAAAGAAGUGCUUCAACAUCAAUGAUAAUGCAAUGCACCCAGUCGGUAAAUUUUCACAGAACCUCCAACAGAUCAACUUGUCGUACUGUUCGGUCACAGACGCUGGCCUAUUAUCAGUUACCAGGAUCAACCGGCUCAGAAAUAUGACAAUCCUGCAUUUGUCUGGAUUGACUCCAAAUGGCCUUGCUGCCGCUCUCUUAACAUGCGGAGGCUUAACAAAGGUGAAACUUCAUUCAUCCUUUAAACCAUUACUUCCUCAAUACAUCUUCAAGUACAUGGAGUCCCGUGGCUGCGUGUUUCAUUGGCGUAACAAAGCAUUUCAGGAGGAAAUAGAUCCUAAGGGAUGGCAGCUCCACUUGGGAAGGCCAUCUGAAGCUUCUUAGUUUAUAUAGGAAACCAGAGAUUGUGUUGGGUCAGAUUAGUAUGCACCUGUGUGCAUAUUGAGGCACAUUUUGCUCGUGUGUCUGCUUUACUUGAGUACAGAAAUUGCUUUUUGAUCAUUACCUUAUGAUGCAUUUGACUUGAAAUAUGGUCAAUAAAACAAGCAAGAGAUAGUCUUUGCGGCCUAAUAUUUUGGCCACUUUACUUAAAUUUAUUUAGUUGAGAAAACGAUGAGACCCCAUCAGUCAGAUGGCUGUGGUGCUCCCUUUAUGUUUUUUAUUUUUUGCUAAUAUUAUAUUCCUUUUAGGUUA